CCGGGCUCACGUUGCACAAAUCUGUCAACUCGUUCGGAAUGGAUGACGCGUUAGCUGCGUGACGGGGAAAUAACUAAAACUUUUUUUUAUUCUGCUCGGACAGUCACAUUUGAGGACGUUUAACUUUUGGAUAUCAAAGUUAAAGCACACAGGGAGCGGGAAAGUGCUCAAGACUGACCAUUACAUCUCAGAUUCAGCUGAAUGUUAAGUUAAUGUCACCACAUGGAAACCAUUCCCUCUGCUGAACAUAUGAAGACCCUUACAUACAACUUAAACUGGACAAAAUGCUAUUAAUGUGUGACCAAAGUCCGGUGAUGCCAGGAGGUGGCAGUGGUCCAAAUGGGGAAGAUCCUGCAUUGCCGUCAGCCACAGCAGAAGUUGAAGGUGAAGAGAGGGUGUUGUCAGAGCUCCAGGAUGGACACGGGCAGUUCGAGCAUCAGGGGAGAAGACAGUGGCGCUUCAGGGGGGGACGUGGGGCAGGAAGAUGAGGACAUGACUAGCGGUUCUCAUGAUCUUUCUUCGUCAGCUAAUCAUAGCCCUGGGAGCGCAAUAGGAUCCACCUCAGUUUCUACAAAGAGCAGUGAACAUGCGGAUGGUAGUAGAGGGCAAACCCACCGAGAGGUGAUGACCACAGUGGCUGAGAUGAAAAAGAAGCUUCCCUCAGACAAACGUAACCGCAGCAAAGCCAGCACUGUGGAGGCAUUACAUUAUGCACUCAACUGUGUCAAGCAAGUUCAAGCCAACAGUGAAUACUACAAACUGCUAAUGAGAAAUGGGCAGGAUGAAAGGAGAGAUGCCACUGUUUGCACUCUGGAAGAGCUGGAGAGAGUCACCUCUGAGCACACCCUUAAAAACAUGGAUUCCUUCGUGGUGGUUUUCUCCCUGUCGAGCGGCCGUGUGCUGUACACGUCGGAGCAGGCUCCCAGCAUCAUGUGCUGCAAGAGGAAGUUUCUGGAGUCUGCAAAGUUUGUUGAGCUUCUCUUCCACCAAGAUGUUAAUGUCUUCUACUCGCACACGGCACAGCCACAUUUGCCACCGUGGAGUAACUCAUACAAAGCUGGAGUUCUGUUCGACAGUGCCCAGGUCAAAUCCUUCUUCUGCAGAAUCAGGGGCGGGAAGGAUCGUGAGGGUGAGAUGCGAUACAAUCCUUUCCGGGUCACACCUUACCUGCUGAAGGUGCAGGGAACGGGGAGCACUGGAGAGGAGGAGGAGCCGUGCUGCCUGGCGUUGGCUGAGCGCAUCAUUUCUGGAUAUGAGGCCCCUCGGAUUCCCAUGGACAAGCGCAUUUUCACCACAACACACUCCCCUGGCUGUGUAUUCUUGGAAGUUGAUGACAGGGCUGUGCCUUUGCUAGGAUACCUUCCUCAGGACCUGAUUGGCACAUCAUUGCUGACUUGCAUUCACCCAGAGGACCGUCCUCUCAUGCUGUCCAUGCACCGGAAAGUCUUGAAGUAUGCAGGCCAGCCUCCAUUUGAGCAUUCUCCAGUGCGUCUGCGCUGUCAAAAUGGAGACUACAUAACUUUGGACACUAGCUGGUCCAGCUUCAUUAACCCUUGGAGUCGCAAGGUGGCCUUCAUCAUUGGACGGCACAAAGUCAGAACGAGUCCGCUGAAUGAGGAUGUGUUUGCUGCUCAGAUUGACGAUGUUCCAGUCACUCAUGAGGAAAUUAAAGAUCUCCAAGCAAAGAUCUAUAAGCUUUUGCUGCAACCGGUCCACAACAAUGGAUCCAGUGGGUACGGUAGUUUGGGAAGUAACGGCUCUCAUGAGCACUACAUCAGUGUUGCCUCUUCGAGCGACAGUAAUGGUAACCUGUGGGAGGAUCCACAGAGAGAGCCGAUGACCUUGCAGCAGAUCUGUGCUGAUGUAAACAGAGUGCAAAGGUGGGGCCAGCAGGCAUAUCUGGAUUCCAGCCACAAAACUGCUCGUCUGUGUAAACGUGCCACAGCACCUCCACCUCCCUUAGCUUCCAACCCUCAGGUCAGAGAAAAUGAAGAUGGCAGGAAGCAAACACACAUCCCCUCUUAUCAGCAAAUCAACUGUGUGGAUAAUAUCAUAAGAUAUUUGGAGAGCUGUACAGGUCCAGUCCUUAAGCGAAAGAGUGGAUCUCAUUCUUUGGCCACCUCUUCUUCCUCAUCCUCUACCUCAGAAGAUGACAAGCCUGCAGUUGCCACUGACACAGCUCCAUCCAGUUCAAACGUGGUUGUGUUGGACAGUGAGGUGUCAGUGGGCCCUGCAGCUGCAGCUGUUGUCGGGGCCCCUCUAACAGACAUCACCAUGUCCUCUAAGGCCAUGAGUGUUGUCUCGGUCACUAGCCAGUGUUCAUACAGCAGCACCAUCGUCCAUGUGCCACAGCCUGAGUCAGAAGCCACUGCACUGGAGGAUGCCCCAAUGGGCAGUGAGCCUGCUGAUACUGCUACGACUCCUGUCCGUCCAACUCCAAGCCCUGCUACAGUGGAACAAACGUUUGUAGGUCUCACCAAGGAGGUUCUUUCAGCUCACACCCAGAAGGAGGAACAAGAGUAUGUGGAUCGCUUCCGCCAUCGCAUCCUUCAGAGCCCUUACAAGUCCUAUCUGCAGCUGGAUAACAGCUCAAUGGCUCACUCCCAUCACCCAGGAGACUACCUUCGUCCAUUGAGUGCUGGAGGUUGGAAUCGCUCUCGAAGAGGAAAGCCCAGACACAAGCGACCCAAACCACAGGGUUCCUCCGACAGCUAUGCUUCCCCACCUGGCCAGCCUUACCGUGUUCCUUAUUCUUCUUGGCCAUCCUCAGAGUCCUCGCAGCCCCAGGUGGGAGCACCUUACAGUCAAACGUCCCCACUCCAGGUGCCGUUCUUCCCUGUCAUGGGGAAACCUAGCACAGAGCAGCUGCCCAGACCACAACAGCCGCCUGGAGCAACUCCUGUGAUGUUGCAACCUCCUGACCAGCUCAGCUACAACUUUAACAUUAUGCAAUCUGGUCAGAGCCAGCCAAGCAUGCAGUCAGUUCACAUGGAGCCCAUUCAGAAUCUGCAGAAUAUCCAGAACUUUCCCAAUGUGCAGCCAGUGGCCUCAGCCCAGAGCUUUAACCCUUAUAUGGCUCCGGUCAUGGCUGUCAUCCUGCCCAACUUCCCAACUUUUACUCCAGGCUUCCCGUCUAUAUACCCAUCAUCCAUUCCCUCUGUAGUUCCCCAGACCCCUAUCGACAUGCCAGGCUAUGCACCUUGCAGUGCCUCUUUCCCUCAGUCGCAGUUUCAGGCUCAGCCUGGCCUCCACUCUCAGACAUCUCCUGGCCUUCUUCUCUGCUCACCAAGAGCCAGCUCAUCUGUUGGAGAAGAAGAAGAAGCAGCUGAGCCUCGGGCUUUAUUCUCCAGCUCUCGCUCAAGUUCUCCUCUGCAGCUUAACCUGCUACAGGAGGAACUUCCCAAGCCAAGCGAAGGGCAGAGCAGCACUGGACACAACCACUCUGAAAGCCUCCAUGAAAAACAUGUCAAUGAGGUUGAUGCCCCUAGUGAUUCUGGCAACCAGGAUGCCCAAUCAACAUCCAGUGAGCUGCUUGACCUGAUGCUGCAAGAAGAUGCCAGGUCAGGGACUGGUUCCAAUGCUUCAGGAUCUGGAUCAGGAGAGUCUGGAGGAUCGCUGGGUUCUGGAUCUGGCUCCAAUGGAACCUCCACCUCACACACUGGUAGCAGCAACAGCAGCAAAUAUUUUGCCAGCAAUGAUUCAUCAGAUACAUCACGCAAAGCUCGGAAGAGUCAAGAAGCACCUGCAGAGCACCAACACAGCUUCGACACUCAGGUGGAGAAUUCCCUGUGGAGUAUGAUCCAGCACACAUCUGAGCAUGUCAUGAUGACGUACCAGAUCCACACCAGAGACCAAGGUGAAGUGUUGGCAGAAGACAGGGAGAAGCUUCGUGUGCUUCAGCCACUCCAGCCCUGGUUCAGCCAAGAGCAGAGAGAGGAGCUGGCUGAGGUCCAUCCUUGGAUCCAGCAGCACACUAUCCCACAGGAAAUAGACACACAGGGUUGUGUGAGCUGCAACUCAGGUGCAGGCAUUGGCUACUCCCCUCACCCACCUGCUCCUGACAGUUCAUCACCUGCGGAGAGGCCCCAGCAGGACUCUAUCGGACCUGUUGUUGACACUUAAAAAACAGAGACCUCAAAACUGUCACUACACACCUCACAGUGAACCAGCCUUUUCAGAAACCUUGUCAGCCCCUUUCAUGCAUCUCUUCUGACCAGCAUGGAGGAUUGGAUCCCUGUUCUUUAGACAAAGGUUCAACACGUUUUGUACAGACCACAAAGGGUAGACUCAGGCCCUGAAGCAGCAGUGGAGGCAAGUAAAGGGCAUGUUACUGGCACUUUGUCCCACUUAGACUAAUGUUUUUCUUUACCAGACCAUUGACAUUACACCUCUCUUCUUGUUUUGUUAAGAAAGCCCCCCUAGGGGUAUUUUUUUUAAUUGUGUGAGACUCUAGAGCCUUUGGUACUAUGAGCCACCAGUUGCUCAAUGCGUGAAAAGGGACCUCAGUUGCUGGCCCUCACCAUGAGCACUGUGCAAACACCUGUACUACCUGUGUAGUUCAGGUGAGACUGGGUAAGAAGAUGAAAGCAAUGAAGGCCCAGUUUGAGUAUCAGAACACAUGCCGGACUCAUCAAAUGACAUGGUGUACAGACUGUACAGUAUAUGUACCAUAGCUACUCCUUCAGUGACAUGCAGUGUGACUGCUGCGUGGUAGACCAAUUUUUUUGUGUGUGUGUUUUUCUGGACACUAAGACAAAGACAAAUUUGUUGUUCUCUGUUUAUAACGUCCAGAUUUAUAACUUGUAAGCUAUUAUUGUUAUUGGAGUUUACUCUUAUUCCAUAGCCUGGUUUGUUCUUGUCCAGAGCAUCCUUUUUUAUAUCAUUUUCACUCACGAACAACAGCAAUCCAGUUGAUCCUUUUAAGCUGAAUUUGCAGCUUUUACACAAGUCCAGCCUAUUGCUCAAAACCCAGUAGUAAAUCCUUUUCGCACCCAGUAUCACGCUUUGUCGUCAUCCUGUAAUACGUGUAGCCUACCUGUAGUUGUGAAGACACAGCACAGCCCAAGAUUUCCACUGAUCUUCUAUUUACUUAGUAAAUUUCCUCUCAGACCCUGUCUGUUUGACUGUGUGUGCACUUGUAUGAAAGAAAGGGACAGGCAGGAAUCAACUUACCUGUUAGCGUUCCACGAAUGUUGUCACUCUUCCUGUACUUUAGUCGGUUUGCAGGUGAGCAGGUGGGAUUGGACCAUUGUGAGUGUAAAUGAGAGUGUGAGCUGCUUCCUUCGAUAGACUUGUCUGACUGUGCAAGACAGACCAGGUUUUUCUACUGUUUUUAGAUUUAAAGUAUAUUACAGUACUGUGUAUUUUGUAGAAAACAACAAACAAAACAAACUUCACAAAGUGUGUAAAAAGCCAUUUAUCUUGAAUUCAGGGACUGUUUAUUUGUGACACAAAGGAAUGAUUAAAUGACCUAAGACAU